AUGCUUCGUGUUUUCGGCAUUUCGGGCACAGAACUUGCCGCGUUUCCUAUGAACAAGCUGGCUUCCUCCGUGGACAAGCAAAUGAACCAUGGCUGCAGUUGGGAAGCAUGCCCAGUGAACACCAUGAUGUGCCAUUUGCGCAGAAGUCACGGCUUUCCAAUUUGCAUUCAACGCUUGCUACGCGACGGCACCAGCUUGACAGAGCGUGACGAGUUGGAGUCACCUGCUGAUCUGCAACUGGUGCUCCUUGACCCCACCAAUGUUUCCGCAUCUAUUGUUGCAGAAGAGCUCGUAGAAUAUGCUGCUGUGAACGGAGACAUACAUGUUGCAUCGGCCUUGUUGAAAGGUAGAGCUGACGUGAAUUCGCAGGACAGGAAAGGCAUGUCGGCAUUGAUUUGCGCUGCCUCUGAAGGCCGCAUUGAGCUCGUGCACUUCCUAUUAGAAGCUGGUGCCAGCACGAACUUGCACGACAACGGUGGCAUGACAGCUCUCGCCCACGCAGCACGACAAGGUUGUUUUGAGGCUGUGAAGCCGCUGUUGGAAGCUGGUGCAGACUUUAAUUUGCGAGAUCUCCGCGGCAUGUCACCAUUGGCCCAAGCAUCGAGCUUAGGCUUUUUCCACAUUGCGCGCUUGCUCUUGGAAACUGGUGCAGACGUUGAUUUGGAAUCCUUUACCGGAUGUACACCUCUUAUGGGUGCGGUGUUGAAUGAGCAUCCUGAUGUCGUAUUCCUACUGUUGGAGGCUCGGGCAGAAACAGAUUGGCAAGACUGGAACGGAAUGACGGCUGUAAUGCACGCUGUCUCCCGGAACGAUACUGAAGUUUUACAGCUUCUACUCGAGGCUGAUGCGGACCUAGACUUGCAGGAACUGCACAAGGGCCAGACGGCACUUUAUGCUGCUACAUGGCGAGGGCAUGUUGAAGUUGCGAGUUUGCUACUGGCGGCCGGCGCCUGUCCGGAUGUGCCCGAUCUGAAUGGCAAGACGCCUCUUAUGCUUGCAUCCGAAGCAGGCGCCGUCGACUUGGUCCACUCCCUUUUGGAUUACUGGGCCUGGCAGGAUUCUCAGGACAACGCAGGUGCAACAGCGCUGAUGUGGGCAUCCUCCUGCGGCGAGAUUGCAGUGCUGCGCCUGCUGUUGCAAGCGGGGUCCGACAAGGAGCUGCCCGACAACGAAGGCAAGACCGCGCUCCAUGUCGCAUGUCGAAAAGGCCGUGCUGACGCGGUGAGCUUGCUCCUGGAAGCAGUCUCCAACAAAGAGGUCAGAGAUCCACUGAACGCCACGCCUUUUCACUAUGCAUGCGACGGAGGCCAUGUCAGAGUGGUGCGGCUGCUUUUGUCGGCCAGUGCUGACAUGGAGAUACAAGACCAUGUCGGAAUGACUCCUCUCAUGCGAUCAUGUUGUGCAGGCCACGUGCAAGUUGUUCGUGCCCUGCUGAGAGCCGGUUGCGACAAGAAUUUGUGCGACCAUGGAGGGCUGACGGCUCUGCUUCAUGCAUCUUACGAAGGCCAUGUUGAAGUGAAGAGCUUGCUGGUAUGA